AUGAAUACCUCCCUCUUCCUCGUGCUGCUGCUCAUCGUACUCCUCUGUGCAACCGGCCCUCUCCCAUCAGCUGAUGCGCUGAACGUGAAAGGCCGCCUGGUCAAGACCAAGACCUUCCUGUCCCCGCCCAUCUUCCUGCGCCCGGGCGACGUCGCCGACAAGUACUACUUGGACAUCGCCUUCCCGAGAGGCCACCUGGCGCUCAAGAGCUUCAACGGCGAGGUCGUCGACGAGCGUGGCGUGCCGGUACCUCUCCACGAGACGUACCUCCACCACUGGGUCGUGGAGCCCUACUACGCCGCGAAGGACGGCGCCGCCGCCGCGGCGGAGGGCCGCCCAAGGAUGAUCCCGGCGCGGAACUCCGGCGUGUGCAACCACACGCUGGGGCAGUACUACGGGCUCGGGUCCGAGACCCGGCGCACCGCAACGUGGGUGCCCGACCCGUACGGCAUCGAGAUCGGCGACCCGUCCGCGGCGCCGGAAGGGUACGAGGAGCGGUGGAUGCUCAACGUGCACGCCAUCGACACGCGGGGCGCGGUCGACAAGCUGGCGUGCACCGAGUGCCGCUGCGACCUGUACAACGUCACGGUGGACCAGCACGGCCGCGGCAUCGAGGACGGCUACGCCGGCGGCCUGCGCUGCUGCUACGACGAGACGCGGUGCGCGGUGGAGGAGGGAGCAGGGUUCGUCAACGGCGAGGAGGCCAGGAAGGUGUUCCUGCGCUACACCGUGAUGUGGCAGGACUGGAGCGACGCGGCGGUGCUGCCCGUGAAGAUCUACAUCUUCGAUGUCGCCGCAUGCAAGGUGGAGUACCAGGUGGAGGAGUGCGCCGGCGCCGGGAACGACGGCGGCGGCGAGUGCGUGCACGUGCAGACGGCCACGCAGGUGCUGCCGCGGGGCGGCGACGUCGUGUUCGGCGUGGCGCACCAGCACUCGGGCGGCAUCGGCGCGUCCCUGCACGGCGACGACGGGCGCCUGCUGUGCGAGUCGACCGCGACCUACGGCGACGGGCGGGAGGCCGGGAACGAGGCGGGGUACAUCGUCGGCAUGUCCACGUGCUACCCGAGGCUGGGCGACGUGAAGGUGCGCGACGGCGAGGCUCUCACCGUGGUGUCCAGGUACAGCAGCGAGCGGCGGCACACGGGCGUCAUGGGCCUCUUCUACAUCCUCGUCGCCGAGCACGACCAGCAGCAGCAGCUGCCGGCUGCCGGCAGCAAGCCGCCGGGCCUCUGCUUCAGCUUCCCGGUGUCAUGUGAGCAAACUCUUGCGAUCUGA